AUGAGUGCUGCGUCUUCCAGCAGCAUGUCGCGGCAGGCGAGCGACGCGACGAUAGGCGAGAGCGCAAGCACACCUAAGCGAGCUCCCUUAACAAAGCGCGCAUCAGAGCGCACAUCAUCGAAAAGCUCCUUACCCGAAAAUGCCAUCAGCCAAGCAACACCGCAGCUGCGCAGACUAGCAUCGGCGAGACCCAAUGCUGCCUCGGUCUUGAUGCGAGAGGUCAAGGACAGCACAACUGAGGAUUUCGAUGUCACGCCUCGAAAGUCAUCCACUUCGUCGACACCAUCUACCGGGAGCUCGCAAGGCACAAGUGGCAAGCAGGGCACGCGACAAACAGUGCGUCCGAGCCUGCCGUCUCGAGGCUCGACAACGUCUGCGUCGUCUAGCGGAUCCGCUCGCGAUCCAAAGAAUGUAAGCAGUGCUUCUGGCAUCUCGAGGCACGCCCGCGAGCUUUCUCAGUCAUCCUCCAACGGAUCGAGCCCUGUGCUCAAGCAUCGCGCUUCCACAAACACCAUCCGAAAGGGCUCUGAUAGCAGAAGCAACUCUCGGACUGCCACUUAUCAUCCCCACGACAGCCUGUCCGAUGCCAGAGACACGAAGAUACAGCGCCAAGCCGAGCCGGGCUCACUGCGUGACACGGGCGGAACGCACACUGAACGCUUGCGGCGCAGUGAAAUGCGACAACGAGAGCUCGAGCAGAUGAGAUCAGAGUCACGAUUAGGGAGGAGAACUGAUGAAAAUAGGGAAGAUGAAGAAGAAGACGAUGCGUCUGGCUCGGACGUCGAUCGACUCAGUCAGACUGUGCGGCCCCACGAUGUUCACGCGAGUCCAGGGCGAGCAGGCGAGACUUCGCGCAAGGCUGCUGCGCGAAAGGGUGGGGAAAGCAGCACCGCGACAGACACCUCGGGCACGGAAGGGGCUGGCAGCUCUGUCAACGGGCGGAGCCAGCGAAGAAGAAAGAAGAGUUCUGCCGCCAGCGCUUCCAGCAAGGGGGCUUCGCGCUCUGGUCGUCAGUCAAACGAGCCACAUGAGAGGCCCGCAACCUCCACGGGCCAUACAGUGCGGACGAGUGUGGACUUGGAAGGGUCAAGACACUACAUGAGCCCGCGGCUAGGCUCUGUAAGCUCAGGGGACGGACUGCCGCGGAGCCAGCACGCUUUCCCACCAAGCUCGACAGCGGCGAGAAGGUCCGCCGGACGCGCUGCCCUGCCAAGCGAAUUUCGAGCUGAUAACACUUCAUCUUUUAGUAGGCGCUCAAGCGUGUCAUCCCGCUUUCGGAGCAAUUCGCUCGCCAGCGUAGAGGACACUGGCGAGCCUGAAGGUGACACAUCUGGUGAACGCAGAAUCAUGGACGGCAGCCAGCUCCGACAUCCUAGCUCUGCAGAUGCCUCGGGCAUCUCACGUAGCUCGCGCCGCCGCUACGUGUCGGAUGCGAGCUCCGAUAUUCCUACGGGCGACUAUUCCGGAAGGGCCGGAACUCAAAGUAGUCGCCUUUCUGUCGAUUCGUCCUCUGCCUCCAGACACCUCGGGCGUGGAUGGCCUGCAUCCGCCCAAGCGGACAUUGAAAUGGGCAGAAGCGAUGGUUCGGCGCAAACGCAAGGCAGAGACUUGCCAGACCAAAGCCUCUCUCCAAGCGAAAUGGCACGCCAACGGAGAAUCUCUACGUCCAGCUCCAUCUCUCAAAGGUCUUCAGGUGGAGCUUCCGACCUGCUGCGUUCUGUCUCUAGAGCCAGCGUCCGUCGAGCGCAAGGCACGGACGUGUUCGACGCGUCUGGAAUGCCUCCCAUGCCUCACAACAACAGGAGUCCGAGCUCCAACGAAAGAGACCGAGCCUUGCGUGUCCGUGAAGAGCAAUUUCGUCAGCUCGGAUUCGGCGCCGCAGGCUCGCUCGACCGUACAAGCCCAGAACAGUCCCGCCCCCUUUCGCGCACUUCAAGUCGUGCUUCUGCUCGUCCCAGUUCUAGAUCGGGCUACAUGUCUCGAGAGCUGCAAGGAUUUUCGCGAGCUGCGUACACUGAACCGAGGAGGCGUGCCGCCAACCACGAGAGAGCAGCAACAUUCGCAGAACCUGGCCAGAUGCAAGAGGCUCCUUUUCGCCACCCGUCGCUCGAUAUGAGUACUCGACCACCUCGGACGCCAGAUUUCAACUCUAACGGGACCAUUGGACGGACCCGAGACGUUCAAUCCGCCAUUUUGCCAACCACCGACAGAUUUUUUUCUGGCGACGUUAGCUCUUCACGCAGCGCAUCAACUACGUGGCGAAGCCCAUCAGGGUCAUCGCACGAGCAGAAUCUGUCCAGCGCUUAUUCGAUGUUUGAGCGCUAUUUUUCUGGCAGCUCAUCGAGUUCCGCGGCGGCCAUCGCACGCUAUCCCGAGUCCACGACUUUAGUGCUGAGUCUCAGGCAGGUCACGGAUACUGCCGCGUGUAUAAACGCGGAGCUCGAAGUUCUUAGGGAUGCUGCUCUUCAAGCUCACAUCGAUGCUGAGAGGGGAGGUGGUAGUACAGCGCUUAUGUCUGCGGCACAGUCUUUCUCACUCCUGGAGCAAGGCCUGAGACAGCUUCGUGCAAAGAGCGAUGAGCAAGUCAGAAGUCUCACAGACAGCCUGGUAUACUUCGCCCGGACAGAAAGGGAGAGAGAUGCUGUUCGUAAGCUGGCAAGUGAGAAUGGAAGCGUUGGUCGACCUGGCUCUAGGAUCUCUAGCCUUGGGACCGGAGGAAGCCCAUUGCGGCCCGAUCGAGCCUCGGCGGCCCAACCAGGCAGGAUCUUUCAUACUAGUUCACAUGGAUCUGGUCUCGAGGUGCCUCCAAGUGCGCACAGCGACGACAGAAGCGAGCAUUCCUCAGCGAGCGGAACCAUAGAUUCGCUGCAGAUGCAGCGCGUCCGAUCUCAUCGACGCCAUGCAACUGAAUUGGCCUCCCCAAAUUCACCGAGCUUCGCGCCAUCUCCGACACUGGCUGGGGCGCGCCCCAGUCAAGGCGCUACAUCCCGCGCUCUCGUCACGUCACCUUUGGAAAGCCAGGCAGGCACUCGCUUACAGGAUCGUUUUGCGUCGAUCCGCGAUCGCUCUGGACAUGGUCGCGCCGCCUCUGAGGCUUCGAACUUUCUUGACGACUCGCCCCGCGCCCUCGAGCGUGCUCGGAGGGAAAGAGAGAGGAGCAACGCCACAGUCACUGCUGAGUCUUCGCGCCCUCCUCUUGUCCCCACCGGUCUUUCCCCGCGACGAUCCCGAUUGAGCUUCCCCGCGGUCAACAGCACGAACGCUGCUGUGGACUUUGGCCCUGCUCGAGGUGACAGCAACAGGCCGUCUGUGCUGUAUCGAGGCGAUCAGGUGCCCUCCAUGUCUCCGUCAGGGUCUAGGGGCUUUGAAUUUCCCGACACUUCGCUUGUCAACUCUCGCCAGAUCGCCAGCGAUCCGAGCAGCUUGGCCGACCAGUCCUUGAGCCGUAGGAACACCGUUGAUGGGCUACGCGGAACACUCAACGGGCCUGAGUCGCCAUCAGCGAGGCGUCUCACAUCGGCAGACGAAGGGACGUCGCGCGACUUCAUCUUGAGCAGCUCCUCUCGUCCGAGCGACGAGUUGUCGUUAAACACAGAUCAGUAUGUCGACGGCGCAAUAUCGCCUGUGGCAUCACGCCAGCAACUGAGAAGCGAUAGUCCCGACGACAGGCGAGCGUCGGGCGCCUUCUCGCGUCUGCCAGCGAGCUCUACCCCUAGAACUGCCCACAACUCGAUGAUGAGGCUCGCUGCCUCACUAGGCAGAUCCAACGGCAGUGCUGUCAACACCAGAAGAUUAUCGAGGGACUUGUCUCAGCGAUGA